CCUGUACGUUUAUCUUUUCACACCAACUCGAACAUCUGUGUCUACCCAAACUGUGGAUAACAACACCUCACCCGCAAGACGUCAACGAAACCCGAACUUCACUUGGCUCCAGGAACUAUACAAGAGACCAAAUUGGUCCGUUUUCACAAGCUUGAAAGAUUCAUCUACGAUUUUAUAGCUCCACACGGCAAGACAGCAAGACGUCCUUCGAUUCGAAGCUGACACGAGCGCAAGAUGGAUCAUCCAGUCAAGGAGAUCAAGACCGUCAUCCGGGACCUAGUCCAGGGAUCCCCUGAGAAGCAGCAGAAUGCUCUCUACUCCAACUUCACCGAGGACGCCUCGUUCACCCACCCAUUUUGCCAUGUCCCGUCCUUUGGCAAUAUCCAGAUCCCGUUUCUCUUCACCAUCAAUUCGCGCUGGUUGGUCCUCAUGAUUUACCGCUGGUACCGCAUUUUGAGCCCUAAUAUUGAAAUGGAGAUUGAGUCUUCCGUCCAAGACCAGAAGACAAACCUGCUCUACGUCAAGAUGCGCCAAGACUUCCGCCUGUGGUUCGUUCCCUUCUACUCGGCCCCCGUCGACUUCGUCGUCGUCCUUCGCCUGGAAACCCGCACCAUCGACGCCAACGGCAACCCGCUGCCCCGUGGCUACGGCGACACCGCCUCUGUCGGAACCCGUCAACGCCAGUUCAUUGUCAGUCAGGAGGAUCACUACCAGGUCGGCGAGUGGCUCAAGUUUAUCGCCCCAUUCUUCGGCUACUGGGCCUGGCACGCCUGGACCCUCUUGGCAACGGCGCUGUGUGUCGUUGGCGCCUUCUUUGGCUAUCCCCUGACCUUGCUUUUCGGACAAAUGGCUGGCCCCAACAGUAACGGUAACGGUCAGGAGAGUAAGCGGGAGUAGGACAUCGCGGUUGACGACCUGUUUAUCUUUUUGGGAGA